AUAAGAGAGUUACAGAUUCAUACCUGCCUGUCACGCAUUUUACACCUGGAAACUUUACACCAUACAACGCCACCCCACGUUUUCUCCAUUGGAAAACUCUCUCUCCACUUUCCACAUAAACUGGAAUGGCCCUGCUCGAUCUGACUUUCUCUCUCUAACAACUUAGUAUACGCAUGCCCCACUUUCGAUGUCUCUCUCUCUCUAACUUCCUUGUAUUGUUAUUGAUUCAAUUUAGUCGUCUUCUGCAAUUUAGCAAUCUAUAUAGGAUCCAGAAGCUUAUUGAUUGAAGUUCUAUACUGCAAGUCCGCAACUUUGAAGUCUAUACUUCGAAGAUCAAAAGUUGUCUGAAAGGCGCAAAAAACUCAAUAGGAUUUUUGGUUUGAGACCCAUCAUUGCUUUCAUGGCAAGGCUUCUGAAAACCGGCUUGCGCCAAUCUCUAGAUACCUAUUCUGGAUUAGGCAGAGUAAUUGGGAAUUCUAUACAGCAAAGUGGUACAUGUUGUACUGGUUCAUCUUUUAGUGACCGCUAUUUAUCUUCAUUGGUGCAUUCUAGAGAGAGAAAGAAUCCGAAUACUCAGCUAUGGAGACCGAAUUUAAAUGGUUUUCUAGCCGGAGAUCAGAUAAACUUGGGGAGAAGGGAAAUAAGUACUACUAUCCAUUUCCAGUCUUCUUCAGCGGAGAGGGUAGUGGAAUAUCACGGUGAAGAGGAUGAGAGAGACACAGGGGUGGAAAAGAAGAAACUUCCUGGAUUGGAUCCCACAAAGCCUGGUGAGAAGCCUAGGAUUGUGGUUUUAGGAACUGGAUGGGCAGGUUGUCGAUUUCUUAAAGGAGUCGAUACGAAGAUUUAUGAUGUAGUCUGUAUCUCUCCUCGAAAUCACAUGGUUUUUACUCCUCUUCUUGCUUCCACUUGUGUUGGAACUUUGGAAUUCAGAUCGGUUGCUGAGCCUGUUAAUCGAAUACAAUCUGCCUUGUCAAAAUCUCCAAACUCUUACUUUUAUUUGGCCAGGUGCACUGGUUUAGACACAGACAAGCAUGAGGUUCACUGUGAGACUGUCUGCGAUAAUGGAUUGCCGAAUAACGCAUAUCGCUUCAGAGUUGCGUAUGAUAAACUUGUUAUUGGAGCUGGGGCUGAGCCACUAACUUUCAACGUCAAUGGAGUGUACGAGCAUGCAUUCUUUCUUCGUGAAGUGCAUCAUGCUCAAGAAAUUCGAAAAAGGCUUCUCCUGAAUUUGAUGCUCUCUGAAAAUCCUGGAGUAUCAGAAGAUGAAAAGAAACGCCUUUUACACUGUGUUGUGGUUGGAGGAGGCCCAACUGGUGUGGAGUUCAGUGGUGAAUUGAGUGAUUUCAUAAUGAGAGAUGUAAAGGACAGGUUUUCUCAUGUAAAAGACUACAUCCAUGUGACAUUGAUUGAGGCAAAUGAAAUUUUGUCAUCAUUUGAUGUUGGACUUAGGCAAUAUGCAAUCAGGCACCUGACUAAGUCUGGUGUUCAUCUUCUACGUGGCAUUGUAAAAGAUGUGCAGCCAAAGAAAAUAAUUCUUAACGAUGGGACCGAAGUUCCCUAUGGCCUUCUUGUCUGGUCGACAGGCGUUGGGCCUUCAUCAUUCAUAAAAUCGCUUGAUCUUCCAAAGGCCCCUGGUGGAAGAAUUGGCGUGGACGAGUGGUUGCGAGUUCCUUCUGUCGACGAUGUAUAUGCACUUGGUGACUGUGCUGGAUUUCUAGAACAUACUGGAAAACAAACACUUCCAGCUCUAGCUCAGGUGGCUGAGAGGGAAGGGAAAUAUCUAGCUGCACUGUUAAAUAAUAUUGGAAAACAAAAUGGUGGCAAGGCUUUCUGCGCAAGGAAAGUGUCUAUGGGUGACCCUUUUGUUUACAAGCACUUGGGAAGCAUGGCUUCAGUUGGCCGCUAUAAAGCUUUGGUCGAUCUUCGCCAAUCUAAGGUAUGACUUUUCUUUUUUGCUGGUUUAAAAUGAAGGGUCGGGCUAGGGCCAGGCCUGGCUUGGCUCGGCCGACUUCUUCUUUUUUUUUCAUGUUGUUUUAUUUGUUUACGGUCUAGUCUUGGGCCAGGGAUAGGGGCUUGGGCCGGCCCUAUGGGGGCCAGGGACAGGGCUCUAGCCCGGCCAUUGCCACCCUGCCAGUGAAUCAUCUAGUUGCUCAUUAUGUUUACCAAAUCUAAUGUCUUAUACGAGAAUGGCCUGAUCCCUUGGUGGUAGAGC